AAACGCGCGCGCGCACAAGCAAUCAAACAAAAUCGAAGUUCUUAAUCUCUCCACUACUUCGUAUCCGCUAUGUCUUACGACUACCUCUUCAAGUACAUCAUCAUCGGCGACACAGGUGUAGGGAAGUCGUGCCUGCUCUUGCAAUUCACGGACAAAAGAUUCCAGCCCGUUCAUGAUCUCACCAUCGGUGUUGAGUUCGGAGCUCGAAUGGUCACCAUCGACGGCCGUCCCAUCAAGCUUCAGAUUUGGGAUACUGCUGGGCAAGAAUCUUUCCGGUCCAUCACUAGAUCUUACUACAGAGGAGCAGCUGGAGCACUUUUGGUAUAUGACAUAACCAGGAGAGAGACAUUUAAUCAUCUGGCAAGCUGGCUAGAGGAUGCUCGGCAGCAUGCAAAUCCCAACAUGACAAUCAUGCUCGUAGGGAAUAAGAGCGAUCUUGGACAUCGGAGGGCUGUUAGCAAGGAGGAAGGAGAACAAUUUGCAAAGGAAAAUGGACUUUUAUUCUUGGAGGCAUCUGCAAGAACAGCUCAAAAUGUUGAAGAGGCUUUCAUAAGGACUGCUGCAAAAAUCCUUCAGAAUAUUCAGGAAGGUGUAUUUGAUGUAUCCAACGAGUCAUCUGGCAUCAAGGUUGGGUAUGGGCGUUCCCAAGGUCCAUCGGGGGCGAGAGAUGGAACAGUGGCUGAGAGAGGUGGAUGUUGCGCUAAUUGAAACCCAAGCAGCGGCUUCUGUAUUUGAGAUCCCUCUGUGCAAUUAAUUUCUUCUUCUUUAUCCUCUCUAUAAGCGUGCCACGUGACUUGUUGAGAAUAUUAAGAUGUAUAGAUUUGAUUUCAGCUGUUCUUGGGACAGACUUGUUUGUUCUGUUAGUGAGUCAACUCUUUACGAAAAUCAGUUGUACCAUGAGUCCAUGACAACAUUGGUUAAUGCGAUGGGGUUAAGUCUUCUUUUUUUAGUAAA